AGAUCUGUAUUGCUGAUGAGUACAGCAUUGUUACCAAAGAGGAAGUAACUCAAAGAAACAACUUAUAAAAGCAGAAAGAAAGUUAAAGCGAGCCACAGAAGGAAAGACAGAAAAAAUUGCAAAAGAAGCUGAAUUUCACUUCAGGAUGAAGAUCCUCCUUAUCUUUACCCUCUUCCUUAUCUCAGGUGCAGUACACUGCUAUGAUGUGUUCGGCUUCUCAGGAGGAAGCGUCAUUAUGAUCUCUGACAUUAACUGGAAUCCAAACCAUACUAAAUAUAUUUGUAAGAUGAGCCAAAAUGAGUGCAAGGAUGUAAUACGUUUUACCAGCCAAAGUAUCCAUGUCGGGUACAAACGAUUCUUGUUGUAUAGGAACACAGCAGGAUCUUUCUUAGUGUUGAUCAGGAAGCUGAAGCCACAGGAUGCUGGAAUGUACAGAUUUGGAGUGGAGGAUCAGAGCAACUACACUGUAAACCUAAAAGUACUGAAUGAUGUGUCUUGUGGGGUGCCAAAAAUAAUGAACGCUUAUCUUGGGCAGAAUAUAAGUAUCUCCUGUAACUAUCCGGGGGAGUACGAGAAAUACAACAAGUACAUCAUCACAGUGGACGAUGAGGUUCAUGUCAAACCCAUGAUUGAUACUCAAACGAUAUCUGAGAACAGCAGAUUCUCCAUUUCCGAUGACAGAAGCACUAAAGUUCUCAGCGUGAACAUCAUCAACGUCAGAGAAACGGAUGGAGUAUUUUAUUUAUUUGGCGUGUGGAGUAAAGCAGGGACAGUCGGGUAUUACUCCUACUUUGCAGAGAUUCAACUGCAUGUAACAGGAACCUACAUGACAACCUCUGCAGCACCGAGAGGAAAUCCAUCAAGUGCCGAAUACUCCAGUUCAUCUGCCGUAAUCAGUGUGUGUUUAUGUGUGGCUCUGCUGCUGAUCGGAGGAUUUGCAUUGAUGAUCUACAAACUUAAAUGCAAGAGAACGCAUAGCAGUACAAGUUUCCACAAUUUCAUCGAAGAGGAAACACAAUGAACGAAUGAGUGUGAUUGUGUCAAUGUGGAUGUGCGAACGUUGGAAUUGCGACUACACAAUUUUAAGAAGUGUAUUUCUGUUUUUUAGAAUAUUAUCCAAUUAUAUAACAUAAAGAGCAAAACACAAAGAAAUAUUCUGGAAAACAAUCAACAAUGGAAUAACACAACACUACGUUACAUGAGGUGGAGUGAAUACUGCCGCUCUUUAUCUUCACAUAAUAUUUUUAAAUCUAAUAAAAUCUCAGACAGCACAAUAUCACUACUUGAACCAGUCACAUUCUUCAGUCCUUCGUCUGAAUCCUGAACAUCUCUCAUCCAGAAUGAAGAAGUUCAUGCUAUUCUGAUCCUUUGACUUCUUGUUGAAUUGAUUGAUUGAUUGAUUGAUUGAUUGAUUGAUUGAUUGAUUGAU